AAGAAACCAGAGAUGAUCACACUGGUUAGGGACGCCAGCACGCUGCGAAUGACAUCAGACAGACCGCCAUUACCCGCGAAACAAGUGAACAGUGGUGGCAGCUGCAGCGGCAGCGGCAAGAACGAUGACGUGGUGUUGAGGAGUACAGGGAACCGCGCCUCUAGAAGCUCAAGGUCGUCAGUGUCGAGUCUGACGAGCAAGGACAUGUUGUCUCGUCAGCUCUCCACGUUCCGUACGACGACCAUGCGCGGUGCCAUCAGGCUGGAAGACCUAGCUCAAUACAUACAGAGCAAGCGACACAGCAACAACGGCAGCAGCAGCAACAACAACAGCAACAACAGCAACAACACCUUCAAAGCAGAAUUUGCUGAGCUGCCUCACGGACAGAUAUCGGACUGGGCAGUGGGCACCCGGCCGGAGAACCAUUACAAGAAUCGCUACAUGAACGCGAUUCCUUACGACAACAACUGCGUCACGCUGCAGUCCAACAACAAUGGUUACAUCAAUGCAAGCUUCAUCGACGGAUACAAUGAACCCAAAGCCUUCAUCGCCACGCAGGCACCCAAGGAGAAGACGGUUAUGGAUUUCUGGCAGAUGGUGUGGCAGGAGAGAGCUGUAGCUAUCAUCAUGCUCACCAACCUGACAGAGAAUGGCAAGGCCAAGUGUAGCCAGUACUGGCCCGAGGACACAGUGCAGAUAGGAGAGCUGGAAGUGUCCCUCAUGGCGAGGGAAGAACUCCCAGAUACUACCGUUAGAACCUUCACUAUAGUGAAGAGAUGCCAGAGACAGUCAGCGAGUCAUCUGGUGAUGCACUACCACUACCACGAGUGGCCCGACCACGGCGUGCCGGACGACUCCGGCCCCCUGGUGGACGUCAUCGCACACAUCCGCGAGGACGUCAGGGUGAAGCGCAUGGUUGGACCAUGGGUCGUCCACUGCAGUGCGGGCAUAGGUCGGACUGGUACGUUCAUAGCUUUGGACAGCAUGCUGGAGCAGGCUCGCAGCGAAUACGCCAUCAACAUCUUCACGUUUGUGCAGCGCAUGCGCAAGCAACGCAUCAGCAUGGUGCAGACACAGGUAGAUGAAUCUGCGAAAUAG